AUGGAGGAAGGGGUGUGGGGAGCAUGGAGGAAGGGGAGUGGGGAGCAUGGAGGAAGGGGAGUGGGGAGCAUGGAGGAGGGGAGUGGGGAGCAUGGAGGAAGGGGUGUGGGGAGCAUGGAGGUGGGGAGCAUGGAGGAAGGGAGUGGAGCGCGUGGAGGAGGGGAGUGGGGAACAUGGAGGAAGGGAGUGGGGAGCGUUGAGGAAGGGAGUGGGGAGCGUGAGGAAGGGAGGGGGAGUGUGGAGGAGGGGAGUGGGGAGCGUGGUGGAGGGGGAGCGUGGAGGAAGGGAGUGGGGAGUGUGGUGGAGGGGAGCGUGGAGGAAGGGAGUGGGUUGGUGUGGAGGAGGGGAGUGGAGAGCGUGGUGGAGGGGAGUGGAGAGCGUGGUGGAGGGGAGUGGGGAGCGUUGAGGAAGCAUGGGGGAGCAUGGUGGAGGGGAGCGUGA